AUGGCUACCAAAGCUGCUUACAAGAGAUUGACCAAAGAAUACCUGGCCGUUCAAAAGAAUCCACCACCAUAUAUGAUAGCAAAGCCACUGGAAAAGAACAUUCUUGAAUGGCACUAUGUUCUUCGAGGACCUCCUGAGACACCUUAUCAUAACGGAGAGUAUCAUGGUGUUUUAUUGUUCCCACCUGAGUAUCCUUUCAAACCUCCUUCUAUUCGUAUGACUACACCUUCUG